AUGGCUGCCAAGAUGUCUCUCUUCGUCCUCGCCUCUCUCCUGCUCCUCGCCGUCAGGGUAAUGACACGCCUCUCUCUCUCUCUCUCUCUCUCUCUCUCUCUCUCUCUCUCGCUGUGCAGGCAUCAACCUGAUGGAGAUGAUCACUCUGGCUGCAGGUCUCGUCAGACAAAGAGGAGCUCGACGAGCGGGGCGGUCGCCGCCCCCCCGAAGUUCCUCCAGAGCCCGCGCCGGUGCCUGCGCGUCACAUAAUCCCGGUUGAAGAGAAGGGUAAGCCGGAGGCCCCUUCUCUCACGCCGGUCCUCUCACUCCCCAGUAAGCAUCCCUAACCUGGCCGUCGUCUGUCUCUCUCUUGUUGCAGAGUGCCCAGGGCUGUGCGAAGUCAGGUGCUCGAAGCACUCGCGGCCAAAUCACUGCCACCGCGUGUGCCAGACCUGCUGCCGGCGCUGCCGGUGCGUGCCCCCCGGCACCGCCGGCAACCGCGAGAUGUGCGGCGUCUGCUACACCAACAUGACCACCCACCGCAACGCCACCAAGUGCCCCUAA